AAGUUCUUGCCUUGAUCAACAGCUUCACAUUCGCGUUUUCCCCAUUCUGUUCUGUGGAUCUUUCGUGCUCACAGAACAGUUUUUCCGAAAUAACAAUAUUAAUAUACUGUUAAAUUACAUAGCCUACACUGAAAACGAAUUAACGAAGCAAAAACCACGAUGGAAAGCCAACUAGCUGUAAAUAAAUAUCAAACGUAGCCUUUCCGUGAAUGGAGAGUAGCCUACAGAAAGGUCGUUGUUUUGCUGUCUAGCCGAGUCUGCGAGAGAAUGAUGGAUGCGUCCACCGUCUUAAAGAUGUUUUCCUUUGCGAGGUCCUGAUGGACCACAUUCGGUAUGCAAACUGGGUAUCGUUAUCUUUCGUUCGGAAAAUAUACAAUUGGAUUGAAAUCCCCACCAGAAGUCAUUUGCAGAACUGUUUUGCUAUUGGCUACUGUUAACUGGGAAUUGGAUCACAACUACAAAGUGCUACCUUGUUAGAUGCCUUCCAACAUUUACCAGAUCUUCGCAACGACGUCUACCAGGAGGGGAGAUGUGGUGAAGAUCUAGAGUCUAUUGUGCACGACUCGCUAACUGUGACCAGGAGUCUGCAGCAAUGGGAGACAUGGUUUCAUCGUGCUGGGGUUGAUGGCUCGAGUUUCUUGGACACAGACUACACCAGUCCUAGAAGUUUUGGAAGUGUUGCUUGGUCAAGACUAUUGGGAAAAUGGCUUUGGUCAAAGAAGAGUCUCAGGAAUAUGAAUUGAACCAAAUUUUGUUAAACCAACAAAAAUGGGAAUUGAAACCAAUUGGCAAAGUCAAACAGGAGGCUCACAAGCCUGUGCCCCUGGAUGAGGGUGACUUUGAAGAUGGUUUCCAUCUAAAGAUAAUUACGUUGCAGGAAGCGAAAAAGGAGGAGGUGGGUGAUUGGGACCCUGAUGCCUUUGAAACUUCUGUGGAAUUAAAUACAAACGCUCGUGAUGUUAAUCAAGGACUCAGUUCGGAAGGGAGACUGAAUGAGUCUUGUGACAAUGGGCCAAGUUCCCUGGCAGCUGGGGAAAAUCUUGCUCAUUCACCCAUUCCCACAGGAGAAAACCCAUACCAGUGUUCGCAGUAUGGGGAAAGUGUCUUCAAAUAUGAUUCCCUGAAAACUCACACAACACAGGGAGACUGUGUAAAGCUGAAUGGAAAGAAAUAUUGUUGCUCACACUGUGGGAAGACCUUUGGCACCUUAAUACAUUUUAUUGUGCACCAGCAAAUUCACAGAGGAGAUGGGAGAGAGCGGCCAUUUCAUUGCUCUCAGUGUGGAAAAAGUUUCUACCGGGAGAAGGGUCUGAAGACACAUCAACAGAGACACAAAGGAGAGAGACCAUACCGUUGCUCUAAAUGUGGGAAGUUGUUCAAUGUUAAGUCACUUUUGUUGAGUCAUCAGCGUAGUCACACAAGAGAGAGACUAUACCACUGCUCCAAGUGUGCUCGAAGUUUUGCUUCUAAAACAAAUUUUGAAAGACACAUGCAAAUGUACUUAAAGGAGAUACUGUAUAGUUGUUCACAGUGUAAAAAAAACUUCUCAACAGAAUGCAGCUUGAACAGACACAAGAAAACACAUAUCAGGAAGGAAACUAACAGUUAUGUUAAACAAUUAGCAACAAAAGAAAAAAUAUACAGUUGUUCCCACUGUUCCAGGACAUUUACAGUAUUGACACAUUACAUUGUUCACCAGCAAAUUCACAGAGGCGAGGGGACUGGAGAAAGACCAUUUUGCUGUAAGCAGUGUGGGAAAAGAUUCUACAGGGAGCAUGGACUGAAAUUGCAUGAGGAAAGUCACAGGAAUGAGAAGAUACAAUGUUGUUCUGAGUGUGGGAAGUCUUUCAGAACAGAAUCGGUUCUGAUUAGUCACAAAUGUGCUUGCAUAAAGAAAAGACAUUACUGCUCCAAAUGUGGGAGAAGUUUUUCCUUAAAAAGUACUUUUGAAAGUCACAUGCAGAUGCACUCUGGACAGAAAAAAUACAAUGUCUCUCCAAGUGUGAAAAGCCAGCCAGCAGAGCACUCUCACAGCAGACACAAGGAAACACACACCGGAAAGGUACAAGUUCUCGGUUUUCAACAAGCAGCUCCAAAAACUAAGUCAUACAGCUGUUCCCAUUGUGGCAGAACCUUUACCACACUAACAAAUUAUAUUGUGCACCAGCAAAUUCACAGAGGUGAAGGAAGAGAAGAGAGGCCAUUUUGCUGCUCUCAAUGUGGGAAACGCUUCUACAGAGAAGACAGUCUGAAAAAACACCACCAGAUUCACACUGGAGGGAGAUCACACCAAUGCUCUCAAUGUGGGAAGUCAUUUCGAACAAAGUCAGUUCUGCUGAGCCAUCAGAAUAUACAUGAAAGGCAAAAACUAGACCAUCACCUCACGCAUGGUGGGGGAUUUGCCUCAGAAAGCUAUUCUGAUCAGCAUAUCCAUAUGCAGUCCAGUGAGAGAUUACACAAUUGCUCCUGGUGCAGGGAAAUGUUUCCCACAGAAUAUUUUCUCAAAAGACACAAGCAGUCACACUGCAAGAAAAGAUCUCUUUCGUAUUUUAAACAAACGCAGACAAAAAAAUAUUGUUGUUCCAACUGUGGUAAGGUAUUUACAACAUUAACUAAUUUUGUUGUACACCAGCAAAUCCACAGAACACAGGGGAGAGCGGAGAGACCAGUUUAUUUCUCCCAGAGUGGGAAAUGUUUCUACAGAGAGAACGGUCUGAAGUCACACCAGCAAACUCUCACUGGAGAAAGUUCCCCUGAAAAUGACAGAAGUUUAAAUACCAAAACACAUUUUGGCAAACGGACGAAUGAGGGAUUAAGAUCAUACCAUUGUUCAUACUGUGAGAAGACUUUUACAACCAGCUCAGUUCUAAAACAACACCAGCAAAUUCACAUCAGGGAAGGAACUGGAUGUGAUGAACAUCUUCAAAAUGCCACUAGAGAAACCUCCUUAGGUGACAGCUGCUUAGCAAAUGAUAAUUCUGCAUCAACAAAAAACUCAGGAGGAGGGAAGAUAGUAUUGGGUGAGAAUGGAAAGAGAGAGAGACAGAACACCAUCCAUUUUGAAACUCUACCUAAAUUUGGAGUGGAUGACUGCAGCAUUGAGCACAGGGUUCAUUUAGAGCGUUUCAGUGACUUGCAGAAUACAGAAACCCGUGAUGACACGUCAGAGAGACCUCAUAUUGGAUUUGAUGUCAUACCUCUGUUUUAUCCUGAGGUCUGCCAUACAGUGGAAAGCACCAGAUCCACCUCAGCGGUUAAAACUGGAGCUGUCGAGGCUGGAGAAAUGUUGAAUAUACACAACACAGGGACCAGUUUUGAAAGUAGGGAGAGGCCGAGGAACUCUGUGGAAAUAACUUCUGUCCCAAGCAAUGAAGAAACAUUGGAAUGUGAUUUGAAACCAGAAGUAAAACAUUGUAAAUGGAGAACAGUAUCGGUGAAUGAAAUGAGGCAGGAGAACAAUGAAUACGUGCAACUGAAAGACAGUCAUGUAGCGGAGGAUCGCCAGUCACUACAAGACACACAGGAGGAAAUGAAAAAGGAAGAGGGCGAGGACAAACAAGGCUUUGCUGUCAAAACAGAAUUUUCUGCCCCAGAAUUAAAUGAGAAUAUUGUCUAUUUUAACCAACACACCCAGAACCAUUCUUAUGGAACCAGUCAUAUGGAGAACUUCACCACACAAGGUGUUACAUUCCAUCAGAACAAUCAAACAGAAGAAACGUACCCUUGUUUUCCAUGGGCAAACAACAUAGAGAAGGACCUGGAAGCACACCUGCAAAGUUCUACAGGGAGAAAAAGCUCUUUUCAACAAAUCCCUUCCGGAAACAAAAUGUACUGUUGUUCCCACUGCGGGAAGAGGUUUAAUACAUCAGUGAAAUACGUUGUUCAUCUGCAGAUUCAUAGACGAGACGGGAAAGAAGAAAGGCCAUUCAGCUGUCCCCAGUGUGGGAAGAGUUUCUACAGAGAGGAGGGUCUGAAAACACACCAGCAGAGUCACACAGGAGAACGAGCAGGUGGAGGUCCUCAGACCGGGAGGCUUGCUGGAACAUCAGGUCUGACCGGCCACCAGCAGAAUGACACAGCUGAGAAACUGCAACGCUGCCCCCAGGGUGACCAAAGCUUUACCUGUCAGAGGCCAUUUUGGGCGCACCAACAACUUCACGCUGACAAAAGCUUUAACUCGUACUGUGGGGAGAUGUUAACUGACUCUGGUCUGAAACAACGGCAGGAAAUGAACACUGGUGUGACGAAUGGCUUCAUCCCCAGUGCCUCGAAUGGACAGCCCUUAGGAGAGAUGCUCACAGGACACACCCUGAAUGGCUCUACUCUUAGACCUAGAGCCUCAGAGUAUCCUGUGUGUACAGAGUCCUUUUCAGGUGCCACAAAUGCAAACGUGCAGAUGAUUCGCAACACAAAGAGUAUGUUUGAGAGUGAAGAGAAACCUAUAAGAUCUGUAAAAAUGCCACCACAAGAAUGUAUCUUGGCACCAAAGAUGGAACACCAUUGUGACUGGGAAUUAGAAUCAAAGGAUCAAAUGAAAGAGGAGGAUAAUGGACACAUUCCUAUUGCUGAUUGUAUGGAAGAUAUCCCCCUACUGAAAAUAAUUACUUUGGAUGAAGUGAAAAUGGAGGAUGGGGGUGAAAGUUUAAUUCUUCAGUCAUCUACAGACUUAAAUAGCACCCCUAAUUAUGUCAAUCUCAGAACUCCGACAGUGGACAGAUAUAAUGGCUCCUUCCCCUGUGCCACAACUUCAACUGCAGAAAGCGUAGCUCCACAUAGGCCAGUGUACACGAUGCUCCAACACUUGCAUUGUGGGAAAAGCUUAAUUGCAGAGGAUAACCUCAGAAUACACCAGCAAACUCACAUGAGCGAGAGCUGCCAGUUUCAGCAAAUCCCUUCAGUUGAUAAGUCAUAUUCAUGUGCACGCUGUGGGAAGAGCUUCGCGACUUUAACAAAUUAUUUUGUGCACCUGCAAAUUCACAGAGGAGAGAGACCAUUUAGUUGCUCUCAAUGUGGUAAAAGCUAUUACAAGGAGGAGAGUCUGAAAACACACCAGCAAAAUCACAUUGGAGGGAAACACUGAUGUAGUAUUCUAAUAGACUAUAAUUAUGGGCUGUAUGAUUGUUACUGUUAUUGGCUGUAGAUUUUAUUACAUCAAUGUUGUCCUGUCCAGUGGGUUUGCUUUUAGGGCCUGGAAAUAAGUGGGGUUGUGAUUAACUAAAGCAUUUGUGUUACUGGGUAAACCCUAAACAUUUUCUCUAUAAAUUAAUUUUCACUGCAUUCAUUACAAUUACUUUGCAAACACUCUUAUACGUGUAGUACAAACAUUUACAUUUCAGACUUUGGACAGAGCGAUGUACACAUUCUGGGAUUUGUUUUUAAAGCUUUGACAGUUGUAUAUUCAUGGUUUAAUGUUUUGACACAUUUGAUGAUUGUAAAUUUACAUGUGUUCUGAGUAAGUUUUUAAGGCAUUGACAGUUGCACACUCAUAGAAGCAUUUAAGUACCCUACUCAAGGGUACAACGGUAGUGCCUCAGCUGGGAGCCAUACCCACAUCAUGGCUACAAGACUGCUUCUCUACCCUUUACACCACACACUAUAUAUAUAUAAAUUAUAAUGAAUGGAACUGGUUAAAGUGUUCAUUUUUACUUUUCCCAUCAUUUCAAAUCUGUAUGGCUUGAUAAAAUAUAUAGGGGAGAUCAUGUGUUAAUUUGCAUAUAUUGUUCUUUUUCAACUUUAAAGUAUUUGUACAUUG